UUGUUUGUGAAAUGCCAAAAGUCAAUUGUGAAUCGAAUUGAUAAACCGUAUGAAACAGAUUUUUUUCUGUGGGUUUUCGCAUAAAUACAAUUAAAUAUACUUAGGUAAGUUCUACAAACAUCAUGUGUUUAUAAAACGGUAGAUUAAAAUAUGCGUUUCUUUUAUGAACACUUAAUUCACCAGAUAUGACAUGGUGUCAUGCGUCUACACUCCACUGCUGGAUAUCAUAGCCGGUGGUUUCCAUAACAAGCCGCUCUACAUACUUGUGGUUCAAACAAUUCUUUGAGAGGAUAUAAAUAAAUACUUUGGGUACAUUAUUGAUUUCAAGAAGUAAUUAAUUCCAGAGACCCAGGCCAUACCCAUGAAUGAACUCUUGUCUCUGAAGUCAGUCAGCUUUUCCUUUUUUAUUAGGUAUUAUAUUUAUAUAGAUAAGUAAUAAUUGUAGUGGGUUGGUUUUUGAAACAUUUUAAUUGUGAUGAAUAAGUAAGUUUCUGUUAUAAGUGCUAUUGAAGUAUCACUGUUGAGCACCGGUCUCCUCUGAAGAUGAGAAGGGAUCAACCCAUAGUCCAUGGCCAAGUGCAAAUUGGCAGAGUUUAUACACCUUUGAGAAAACUAUGGAGGAGUCACAGGUACCUAUGUACAUAGUUUUUGGGUAUUGGAGCAAAGUGUAAACUGAUAUAAUCAUUAUCUGUAUAUUGAUAGUGAUGGAUCAGUCACCUCUUUCUAAGAGGCCAAAAUUAGAUGACUUUCAGGAAGUUGACAAAGAAGAUUUAAGUUUUCUUGAUGAUAUUGAUAUAGAUGAAAUAGCAGAUUGCUUGAAAAAUUGCGAUGAAACUUCUAACCAGGACAAUAGCAUUAGAAGUCAUUAUAGUACCAGUACCAGUAAGAAAAAUGUAAUUAAAGAAUGCAACAGUCCUCCCAAAAGUAGCAGAUGUCGCAAAGAUGAUAAAAAACUAUUAUUUAAGUUAGAAAAAAAGUUAUUUGAUUUUUUUCAUGAGCAAUAUGUCCCUUCAAUAAUACACUAUGGAAAACACUCGACUAUAAUCAAGUGCAAACAUGGUGCUUGGAACAAAUAUGCAGUAAAAAUUUUAAAAGACAAGGAACAAAAAUAUCUUGGCAAGGCAAAACAAGAAAUGUUAUUGCAGAUGCAAAUGAAUAUACCAAAGGAGAAUUUGUUCUGCAUAUAUUUUAGAGAAGGGUUUUCAUUACAGAAACAUUGGUGCUUCCUGAUGGAAUUUUACCCUAAAACUUUGAAUCAGGCUAUGCAUGAAUAUAAUAAACCUUUUCAUAUAAAUAAAGUACAAGAGCUUGCCAGACAACUUGUAGCAGCUGUUACAGUGUUAAAAUAUAAUGACAUAAUUCAUUCAGAUAUCAGACCUAGUCAUAUUCUUCUGAACAGUUCUAAUGAAAAGUUAAGGCUUUGUGGUUUUGAUGCUGCUCACUACAUUGGAGCAGGAAAAACUUCUAGCAAUCAAGGAACACUAAACUAUCGGCCACCAGAAGUUAUAUUAGGAUAUUCAUCAGGAUUUAGCAUAGAUGUCUGGUCCACAGCUAUAGUCCUGGUAGAAAUGGCUACAGGCUUAAUCACAUUCCCGGGACAUACAAACAAUGACAUUUUGUUCGGACAAAUGUCCAUGUUAGGGAGCAUCCCUAAUGAAAUGCUGGACAAGUCAAAAUACAGAUCACAGUACUUUCAUAAGGACAUGUUUAAACGACAAGUUGGAUCUAUGAUAAAAAACAAAUUUUAUGCAACUGAUGAAUUGGCAAAAAUGGUGUCCGACGCCCAGUCCUAUCACUAUCUCGCUAUGCAAAAACCCCAGAAAGAAAGGAAAAAGUUUUUGGAGAAAGUGAAUUCAUUUAUUGACCUGAUUAUGCAUAUGGUUGUCAUAGUCCCAGAAGAUAGAUCCUCUAUUGACAUUGCGUAUUCCGACCCUUUUAUUUAUGAGAUGUUUGAUUAGUCCCUGAUCCUGAUCAAAUUAUUAUUGCAGUUAUAAAAAGUUUAAAACCUCUUAAUUUUUUUUAUUAAUUCAUAAAAUAAUAGAAACUUCUCCAUUCUACUAGCUAAUCUGCUCCGGCUGCGCCUGAGUGGAAUUUCUCAAAAUCAUUUUUUCGUGGAAGUCUUCAUUAUAAGAAAACCUACAUGCGAAUGCGAAAUCUCAAGAAUCUAGAUGUAGCUGUACAUAUUAUUGCUGUCAGACACUGUCUCAGUUUACAAAUACAAUAUAGAUCUAGAUAGAAUAAAUAUGUUUAUUAUAUUUUUCCUACCUCAAUAUCUUAGAAUUAUAAUGUGUUUAAUUGUGUUUUCCUAACCUUCAUUGAGUUGAAACUUUGUAUAAUUAUUGUUGGCACUUGCGUGUAAGUGUGAUUUAGUACCAUCAAAAUACUAGUUGCGGGAGAGUCCUUCAAAUUCCAAUAAAUAAUAAUUGAAAGUUUGUCAAAAAAAAGAUUGUCAGACGUAAACACGUAUUUUUUUUGUAUACACGUAAUUUAAUUAAUUUCUGAACAUGUUUGUAAGAGUUACCUAAUGCAAAAAUAAUGGAAAAUAAAACGAGUUUUUCA